AUGCAGCCCUUUAGCAUCCCGGUUCAAAUUACGCUCCAGGGCAGCCGCAGGCGCCAGGGGAGGACAGCCCUUCCUACCUCAGGGAGGAAGAGAGACACAGACUCCCGUGAUGGAGACCUGGCAGAUGUGCACCGGAAGCUGCCGUCCAGCGCUGGUGAGGACCGAGCCCUGCUGCUUGGGUUUGCAAUGAUGGGCUUCUCCGUCCUAAUGUUCUUCCUGCUUGGAACAACCAUCCUAAAGCCUUUCAUGCUCAGCACUCAGAGAGAAGAAUCCAACUGCACUACUGUCCACACACACAUCACCGAGGACUGGCUGGACUGCACUUUCCCCUGCGGCACCGACUGCCGAGGGCAGGGGAAGUUCCUGUGUCUGCAGGUGUUUGUGAUCCUCGCCCAUUCUGGUCAGAAAGUCCUGCUACAUUAUAAUGAAGAGGCUAUCCAGGUAAAUCCCAAGCGUGAUGUUACAGACUGCAAAGUUAAAGAAAAGCAGACAUUGACAGUUUCUGAUGAGCACAAACAGGAAGUGCAGUCACAGGCCAAACUUCUUGCUAGGAAAAGAAAGAUGGGGAAGAGGUCUUAAAUUUAUUGAUACUGUAUUACUCUAUAUGCUCAACAUAAUAACACAUGCAUCUUGCUGUGUCAGAUACUUUUUGGGCCAUCAUUAAAAGAACAUUAAAAACAUUUUUCUUCUAACUAAUGCAGUAUACCACAGGAUGUAAUUCACUGAAUGACAAAAUAUAGAGAAAUAGAAUUGCUACUAUUAUAGAAUUGCUUCUAUUUAUAGGGCCAAAAAGGGGUAGUUCGAGCUCCUUGUUGAAGUGUUCAAAGUAAACAUUGGAUGUGCGAGUAAGCAGUCUUCUCUGGUAGUGUCACAUUCCCCAAGAUACUAAAAUUUUGUUAUGCCCCAACAGGAUAUGUUUCUUAGAUUUUAUUCAAUCCAAUUAAGUCUGAGGAUUGAACCACAUGAAACUAUUAACUUCAUUUGAAACUUGGGUUCUGUAGCCAAAAGCAUUUCUAGAAAUCAGAUGAAGACUUGAGUCCUCCAACCACUCUUAGAAACAUCAAUCUAGUAAGGGACUUUUUCUUAUGAGAUCAUAGAUACUGACCACAUUUGGAAACUCAAACUAGAAUUAAGCUUAGUUAUCAUAUUUUAAUAUGAAACAAAGAUUUUAUGCUUCUUGCUAAUCUAGAAAAAUUAACAAAAAUAAUACCUAAAAAUAUACACGGUUCUUAACAAAACCACAAAAUUAUUGUACUGACAAAUUAUAUAAGGUUGCAGAUAGUCAUAGACUUAAAUUGGUUUGAAAAAUACAUUUAAAAACCUUUUCUGUACUUACCUACAUGAGAAAUGGAGUAUACUGUUGGUAGUGAAAAUCAGUUACCUAACUACACUAUAUGUACAGAGGAAUAUCUUUUACUAUUGUUCUCCACUAAAAUUUGUAUAUGUAGUUGUGUAAGAAUCAAGCCAGAAAUGUCCUUAUGGCUCACACCUGUUGCUUUAUGCUAAUUAGCAGGAAUAGAAUAUUAACCUACCUAAAAUCAAGCAAAAGAAAUGCACAACGCUAAUAAAAAGGAAGUGCAAACCUUAGUCAAGUGCAUACAUGAAGGCAAUGUUUAUUCAAAGACUAACAUCCCAACUUGGGAGACUCCUAAUAAAUUCUGAACGCUUCUGAAUUUUAGAACCUUGAUAUUUGUUUAUACCUUUUAAAAGAUGCCUCUUGACCAGGGCUAGCAAGCAGUGUGUAUACAAAUAGAAAUGUGUCAAAGUAUACACACAACCAAAUGCACUAAUAAUAAAGAAAACAAAAUGAAUUUCAAAUACCAAGUUUAAGAAUCUAGUACCAUGAGCCUCCCCACACUAGAGCAUUUUCCAAAUGGCUACAGCAGUGAUUAAAUUUUAGCCAGAACAUUUUUUUUUAGUGUCUUCUGUACCAUUAAAAACAAGGCAUGCUAACUCUGACUAUAUAAAUCUAAAAUACAUUGAUCUGAAAGAAAUUCUGCAAUACAUGUAUCAGAGCCUGGAGUAUUGAACUGUGACAUCUGUAUUCUUCUCUAUUAACCUCUUUAGGCAGAGUUAUCAAUCCAAUUUUAUCAGGGCCAGAGUUAUCUUGAGCUAAACCCCAUAAUCUUUUCAGAGAGUGAAAAUAACAUUGUUAAAAAAAGAAAAGAAAACAGGCUUCCCAGGCCAUGGCACGUAAGAUAUAUUUACAAUUUUUAAUGUAAUAAUUAAAAAUGGUUUUCUGCUUGUAUUUAAAAAAGAAAAAAGAAAAAAAACCAGCUCAGCUGUAUUAUUAUGUCACCAGGAAUGAUUAUCUGAGGAUGCUGUCAGUGCUAAGUUUUACAGUUCAGCCUUCACAAUCCUAUUCUGGAUGAAGGAAGAGUUACUUUUUUUUGUAUACACAAUACACUCUCACAACUUUCAGGCUUCUCUUGGACACGCCCUGUCUGAGAUGGACAUAAAGAAUGUAAUUCAUUCAAACUCCUCCUCCCUGUUCUGCCCCUCCCUUCACAUUCUCCUCUUCUCAAAAACAUCUGAAGUAUGAAAGUUGUCUUUAAAUAGCAGAAGCACCACAGUCUGUUAACACCACACAUUAUCUUUAAACCAAAAUAUUUUAGUGAUGUCUUGGACAUCAAAAUAAUUUUUUAAGGUGGACUGAGUGUGUGGGACCAGCCCAGGUCUGCGAGUCUGUGCAGACAUAGAAAUGAGAGGAACUUAAUUAUAUUCAGAAACAGUUAACAGACUAGCUUUAAAAUACUGGUGGAAAGAGUUGACAGGCAUGGGCUAUUGACCAAAAUAUGAAUUAAACAGAUUUACAAAGUAAUUAAGAAAAGAAACAAAUUCAAGUUUAUGUGCUGUGAAGUUUCCAUGGUGCCUUUAAAAUAGGCUGCUCACAAUUUUUUUAUAAAAUGCCAAAUCAUUCAAUUUUUGAUGGAAAAAAGAAUACAGAUGGACUGUGUUUUACCUAUGUGAAAGUUACCACCAAUCCAUUUAAAAUAAAAUCCAAGAGGGUAUGUACAAUCUAAUCAAGUCAUUUUUCCUGAUUAAUAAGAACUACACUUUACACAAAAUACUUUAUCAGCAGCUGUUUUCAUCAAAAAACCAAUAGUUUUCACAGUUGAAAAAGUUACACAUUAAAAUAUUUUACAAUUCAUUGUAUAUUCACCAGGUUCCCAUUUCCUAAUGGGCUUUUAAUAUAAAGCAGAAUAGAAGGGAAAACCUCAAAGUUGGUUACCUUGACACUAAGUUUUACAUAGGACACUAAGGAACACAAAAAAUGUAGGUUCUAUCAUAAAAUAGCAACCAAAUUCCAUUCUUCUUUUAAAAAUCCAAUUAGAAACAUCUUUAAAAAAAAAUUCCACAAUAAGAUUAACAGAUUUCAAAUUAACACCAAUCUAAAAAUCUUCAAAAUAAAUGUUUUUUUUUUUUAUAGCUGAAUAUAUGGCAAAAGGUUAAAACAUGAUUUUCACAGUUAUUUCUUGCUACCAUGUGUUUCAAAUCAAGUUUUAUUUUCCUUUAGACAUUUUUCUUUUCUCCAAAAUAAUUACUGAAGGAAAUAUUUCUCAAGUGACCCAAAGAAAGUGUUGAGCCAAUAGUCACACCGCCUUCACUGACAAUGAUCGUUGGUUACAGGAACUGUCCAGUCCAUAUGCUGAAAGGAGCAGAAGCGGCCAUGUUAGCGCUGAUUUGAAAUAGGUCCUAUUCAUAGCGUUUAACUCAAUUUUGGGCUAUCUGACUUUCUGAACAUUAUCUGUCCCUCAUUUCUUUCUUAGAUCACUUAAUCUAUAUUCUUUAUAGGAUUUGUCUAUACUUUUUCAAAUAGAACUUGAAGUAAUUACUUGUAGUAAUUCUUGAAAAUAAAUGUAAAUGAUAAAAUAUGCUAUGUGGAGUCUGUUUUAAUGGUGGAGAGGUCCUGGGAGAAGCGGGGACAACUAUCUGGAAUGAUGUAAAAAAAAAAAAAAUGCAAAAAUGUUGAGCAAGGAGGCUCAAGGCUUUAUGGCACUCAGGUAAAACACAGUUCUCUGUUAAAUCUUCAGUUUCCACCUCAAAGUUUCAGAUUUGUACCAUUUCUUUGAGUUUUCUUAUUAUUAUUCCCUGAUAUAGAAAAGACUGGGAUGUUAGUAUAUAUCAACUGUAUGUAUCUAAAUGACAAAAUAUUGUGAAGUUUUAGUAAGUUCUGAAAUCUUCUAGAUCUCAAAACAAUAACAACAACAACAACUACUAUCUGGUUUCCUGCUUAAAACAGAGUUUAAAUUCUGCUUAACCAUUUGAAGACAGUUUACAGAAAUAAAUUCAUUAAUCUUCAAAUUUAUUUUUCUUGUUGGCAAUAUUAUAUACAUGCUUUAAUGAAGUACCUAAAUCUUUGAUAAUUAUUCCCUUUAAGGGUUCUAAAAUUGCCAGAUAUUAAGAGUAUUUGUAUUAGAGUCCCUUGUUCACUAUUCAAGACUUCUACUAUAGAUAAUAGAUUUCAUAAAUGAGUAUUUUUAACGUGAUGCUGUUUUACUAGCGCAUACAGUGUUCACUCUUUAUAUAAAAAAGUUGUUUUCCAAUAAUAUGCCUAAUCUAGAAAACUGUCAGUAAACUAUUGCACUUAUUUUGGUGUGGCACCUGGACAUUUGCUAAAGCUAAUUUCCUAGGACAUUAACUAUUCAUCUCAAAUACUAAGUAAAAUAUCAGAAUCUAGAGAGAUGAGUAGCACUAGCCCUCUAUCUGGGUAAAGACUUUUCAGAAUGUUGAAGAAUGUGUGCUGUGCCUGGAUGGCAUUCA